AUGCACUUCCAACAUGAUGUGCUGAAGCUGAGUGCAAAAAAUGCUGUGCAGAACCAUCCAUGGGGCAAGGUUUUGAGUUCAACACCAGGUCACAUGAAAAGUCAAAACACAAGUAUAGGUACUCCUGAGCCUGCUGAUAACGAAUCUAUAGUCCAUAACGGCAACGUCAUGGAUUCUCCCAGGGGUGCUGACGCCUCCAUGGGUCCUUCCAGGAGUGGCGGCGCCCCCAAUGGCCCUUCCAGCAGUGGCGGUGCCCCAGGGGCCCUCCCAGGGAUGGCGGCACCCUCAGGGGCCAUCCCUAUGUCAGCGGCGCCCUUUCCCAGGAGUCAUAGCUUGCUUGGUCGUGGUGUCGGGCCCCCAGUGACCCUUCCAGGGUCAGCAGCACUACUAGAGACUAUGCCAGGGGCAGAUAAUCCCCCAGGAGGCCUUCCACGCGCCCUCUCAGCGGAAGUGGCGCCUCCAGGGGCCUUCUCGGGGGUGGCAGGGCCCCCAGUGACUCUCCCAUGGGCAGCUGCACCCACAGGGACUGUGGCGCUCCCAAAGACCCUCCCAGGGGCGAUGGCACACCCAGGAGGCCUCCCAGCAGCAACCACACCCCCAGUGUGUCCCCAGUGGCGACGGUGCCCCCAGGGGCCCUCGCAACAACAGCGGCAUCCCCGGGUGCAUUCUUAG